AUGGAUGGAUUAUUUCUAGAAAUUGGACCAUGGCGAAUGAAUAAAGAUCAAACAUUACGAAUGAUAAAUGGCUCGUGGGAUGAAUAUGCGAAUUUGCUUUUUGUGGAUCAGCCUAUUGGUACUGGAUUCAGUUUUGGCGAAUCGAAUUCGUAUCCGACUACAUUAACAGAAUCAACCGAACAAUUCUUGACAUUUUUGGAUAAAUUUUUUGAAAUAUUCCCAGAAUACGCGAAAGAUGAAAUUUAUAUAGCAGGUGAAAGUUUCGCGGGCACCUAUAUACCGUAUAUAAGUUCGGCUAUCCUAAAACGGAACAACGAGCGCAAGACUGUGGAAUACCAAAAAGUAAUCCGUCGUAUUGCUAUUGGUAAUGGAUGGAUCGAUCCCAUAGCUCAGGGACUUUUGACCGGUGACUCCAAGACACGUGCCAACAAAGCAUUAAAAGAAUGCAUGAGUCACCUUAAAGAUGAUUUGCGAAUUAACGAUGAAUCAUGCGAGGAGAUCCUCAAUGUGGUACUCGAUGCUUCUGUGAAAACUGAUGAAAGUGGAAAUAAAACUUGUGUAAAUCAAUAUGAUAUCCGACUUACUGAUAGUUAUCCAGAUUGUGGGAUGAAGUGGCCGUAUGACUUGGAAACCAUUACUGAAUAUUUGAGGAGAACAGAUGUGAUUGGUGCUAUUCAUGCUGAUGCACAAAAAAUUGGGUGGAAGGAAUGUAGUGGACAGGUCGGUACUGGUUUUGACAAAGAUAUUAGUCCUCCUUCAGUUAAGCUAUUACCCGAAAUAUUAAGUAAAAUUCCGGUUUUGCUAUUCAGCGGAGACCAAGAUUUAAUAUGUAAUACAAACGGCACGCAAGAUUUAAUCGCUGGGCUUGAAUGGAAUAACGGUAAAGGAUUCCAGAACUCCAAUCCUGAAAAAUGGUAUGUAAAUGGCAGUUUAACGGGAACAUGGCAGACUGAGCGAAAUCUCAGUUUUGUCAUUUUUCAUAACGCGAGUCACAUGGUUCCAUAUGAUGCGGCGCUAGGAACUAUGGAUAUGAUUGAUCGGUUUAUGGGAUUAAAAAUCAAAUUUGAUAAUUUGAUUCCUUCUAGAGUAGAAAAUGAGAAGGUGGAAGAUGUAACAAAUUCAACUGCUGGGUCAUUAAAUAACGAACCAUCCAGUAAAGUUAAUGCCAGUGAAGUAAAUGACGAAAGCGAUGAAAUGUGGGAUCGUUAUUAUAACGCAGGCACUGCGUCUUUAGUAAUCGUGAUAAUGGCGGUUAUUGGUCUCGUGGUAUUUUUAUUCCGAGGAAAGUUAUUUAGACGAAUGCGAUCAGUAAAUCAAGCCAUGAAAGCAGUUGUCGAUAGCAACGAAAACACAGAAAUGCAAGAGUUAGUGAUUGAAACACCACUGUUCGGAUUAGACGACGAUGAAGUGUCUACUACUUCACUUACACCUUAUAAUGACGAACAAGGUAAUCACGAAACCGCUACUAAUACACCAUACAAAGAUGUGAGUGACGACGAUCAAGGUAAUCAUGGAAUUGCUACUAAUACUCCGUACAAAGAUGAGAGUGACGACGAUGAUAAAACGAAAUAUAACGGCGACGAUGACGAUAAUUCAGGUCAUGAAAUAGAUCAUGAACGUAAUAAUACCCGAUUACAAGCCGCUGUGGAUACUGAUGAAGAGCAUUAG